AUGACGAUCAAGCGGACGCCUAAACCCAUCACAACCGAAACUGUCUGCGUCCCCAAGCAGCACCACAACCUACUCUUCGUCAAGGACCUCACUAAACACGGGCAUAUCACCUUCACACCAUCCAAAGCAACGCUCCACGACCCAACACCAUUGCCCCCGGCGCUACUAACAGCCCGUUACCAACAAGGUCAAUACCGCAUCGCCACCUGCAACAAGCCGCCCCCUGGCCACCAUAGCCCCAUAGGGAAUGUGCUAGCAGCCCGAAGCACACCCCACAAAACAAGAGCCACACAACGCAAUAAACCCCAUUCAACAACACCAACACAGCCACCAUCCCAACCCCCCUCAUCCCAACCACCCCCUCAUCCCAACCACCCCCUCGUCCCAAACACCCAACAACAACCACACCCACCCGAUUCACACCACCAAUGCACACCGACAACCACCUCCGCAACAGAGCCCCAACACCCCCAACAACCCCACCCAGCAACAAACACAAGCUGA